AUGUUCUCGAAUGAGUAAGACUGAAACCCUUCGUCUUCCCGCCAACGAGUGCCUGCAGCAGCUUUCAAACACCAUAGAGACGAGAUGUCAAAGAUCUCAGAGAAACACUGGAAAUCUGCUCUGACCUCCAUCAUCGAGGAGCUGGAUGAGCCACAGUACCGGAAGAUGCUCGAAUAUCUCACAAUCCCCAAAAGCCUGAAGAGUAGUGUGCCGAGAGAAAACAUGCCAGAAACCAUCAUCCAGCACUACGGAGUGGAAAAAUCCAUCUCAGCAGUCAGCGAGGCUGUGGAUCAGAUACCGAGGAGGGACUCUGCUGUCCAGGACCUGCUGCGCCCCUUUGUGGACAAACUGAGGAACAACCAGGAAAAACAGAAAAAGGCCACAAAGAGGAAACGUGACGCUGACUUGAAGUCAGCGAGCAAGAAGCAAAAGCAAACGCCUGCAGCUGGGUCUUCGGCUGGAGCUCAGAAAGCUAAUGCUGAUGAACUGAAGAACCACGAGCCGGACCAGGAAAGAAAAAUUCCCCCGUGGAGAAAAACCAUCCAGGAUGUAAAAUUCACUGAUACGCGGCUCGACCAGAAAGCCAUAGUCGGCAAAGUUGUGCAGAAAUCUGGUCUGCGUACGUAUAUAGGUGAAGGUCAGAAGAAGUUUUUCUUUUACCUGGCAGUCGCUGACGAUACAGAUGUCAUUAAGGUGAUGGUGUACGGAAGAGAGCGCUUUCAACAAUUCAAGGAGGAGCAGUUCUACCUUUUCAGAGAUGUAAUCAUAGAGGAGACCAUCAUGAAAGUUACCAAAUGCAGCAAAAUUUCAAAGACGAAGGCUUUUGAUGUCCCUGAAGAUCUGGAUCUGAAUGCUCAGAUGCUCCUUUAUUCCCAAAAGCCAGUUUGCUCCAUCGCAGAGGCCGGCAACUGUGGUGACAAGACACUAGUGAGUGUUGAAGGAAAUAUAAAAGAGGUGAGUUCCAUUAGAUAUGCUGCAGAACAUAUGGUCACGUGCCAAAGUUGA